GCGUGCCUUUCCGCGCGAUGUGUUCUUUACACAAUAAAAUUACAUAAUUCAACAAUAUCCUUUAUAACAAGAAAAAACUACAGUGAACUUACAGUAUAAGUGAACUGAAGUGACAAACUCGCAAUAAAACAAUGGAUUGGAGCGCACUCAAAGAAUGACACGCAAACGACUCACCAGGAGCAUCGCGCAGUGACUCGUCGCCAUGUCCUCGCCGGACUUCGGGGUGACGAUGUACUACCUCCUCUUCUGUCUUAUCUCUCUCUCGCUCCAAUCGAACUUCGCGUUCGUUCUCGACAAACAGAAUCCCUACUCGCAGUUUCGCAAAUGGUACGCCGGUCUGAACGGUACAUUGGAACUUGAGUUUAAAACUGAUGAACCUAAUGGCUUACUUUUGUAUACGGACGAUGGUGGCACUUAUGACUUUUUCGAGUUGAAAUUAGUGAACAGUGCGUUACGGUUGCGGUACAAUUUGGGCGGAGGAGCGCAGAUUAUAACUGUGGGCAAUAAUCUGAAUGAUGGUCACUGGCAUAAAGUUCAGGUGGCCCGACGGGACGAGCACACUUCUCUCUCUGUGGACGGCGUGACACAGAGCAAAACCUCGCGUGGCAAGGAGUUUGCCUUCGGGAAGUUUAUCACUAACUCGGAUGUCUUCAUCGGUGGGAUUCCCGCUUCAUACAAUUCGAAGUUGACAACUUUGGCCCUGCCAUCUGCUAUAUUCGAGCCGAAAUUCCGAGGGUCUGUGAGGAAUCUAGUGUACGCUGACUUGCCCGGGCAGCCUCCAAGAAGACAGGAGUUGAGACAUUCCAGAGAUUUAAAGUCGUCUCGUAUUACAAACGCCAGUGGAGACGCCUGUGAGCGACGGGACCCGUGCCAGCACGGCGGAGUCUGCAUCAGCACUGAUGAUGGACCCGUCUGUGAGUGCAGAGAUGGGGACUACGAGGGGGCCUUCUGUGAACGAGAUAAAGCCCCAUCAGAAGCAACGUUCCGUGGCGCCGAGUUCCUCUCGUACGAUCUGACGCAGACAGGAGGAGAGCCCAUAGUGAGCACUCAGGACGCCCUCUCACUGUACUUCAAGACGAGGCAGCCAAAUGGAUUGCUGUUCUAUACUGGUCAUGAAGCGGACUAUCUAAACUUGGCUGUGCGUGAUGGUGGCCUAUCACUCACCAUGGGCUUGGGCAACGGGAAGCAGGAGAUGCACAUCAAGCCGUCCAAGACCAGGUUCGAUGAUCACCAGUGGCACAAGCUCACUGUGAGGAGGAAGAUUCAAGAAAUAACACCGUUUACCAGCUUCUGUCGGGUAUCAGCGGUAGUGGACGACGUGUACACCGAACACUCGCACGUGGCGGGCUCCUUCACCAUGCUGGGCAGCUCGCGAGCCCACGUGGGAGGCUCCCUCAACACCAGGGCACUGCCGGGUGCGAGGGUACAUACUAACUUCAUCGGGUGUCUUAAGAAGGUGGAGUUCUCAGCUGACACCCUGCGCCUGAACCUCAUAGACCUGGCGCGCACCGGCAGCAAGCUGAUCACUGUCACGGGCCGGCUGGAGUACCAGUGCACGGCCACUGACGCAGCAGACCCCGUCACCUUCACCACCAGGGACGCACACUUGAUUCUACCAAAAUGGGAAGCAGUGAAGACCGGAACAAUCUCAUUCAAAUUUAGAACGAACGAGCCAAAUGGAUUGAUAUUAUUCAACAUGGGCGCGAAACCACCAAGGGUAGGUUGCACGGCUGAUCUUUUUGCGGUUGAAAUGUUGAAUGGAUACAUCUAUGUACACCUGGACCUUGGGUCUGGAGGGGUGCGGGUGAGAGCGUCCAGGCGAAGAGUGGACGACUCACACUGGCAUGAGUUCCUGUUGAGAAGAACUGGAAGGGAUGGCAGAGUCACUGUUGACGGUGCCAAUGCUGAAUUCAAGACUCCUGGAGAAUCCAAUCAGCUGGAAUUAGACGGGUCCUUGUUCGUGGGAGGUCUGGGCUCGGAGUACUCUGCAUCUAGAACUCCCUCUGCACUUUGGACGGCAGCGUUACGCCAAGGAUUUGUGGGUUGUAUACGAGAUUUAGUUCUCAAUGGGAAGCCACAAGAUCUAACUGCGUACGCUCGUCAGCAGGAUUCUGCGUCAGUGAGACCAGCUUGCCACGUCAUGAUGAAGCAAUGUGUGAGUUCUCCGUGUCAGCAUGGCGGCGUAUGUUCCGAGGGCUGGAACCGGCCUCUCUGUGACUGUUCCUCAACAAACUACGGUGGUCCUACGUGUGGCAGAGAAUCUCCAACGAUAUUAUUGAACGGUAGUCAGCACCUCACGGCGGCCUUGGGUCCGGAGCACACAACACAGACGGAGGAGUUGUUGCUGAGAUUUCGGACAAGCAAGGCCGGCUUGUUGCUGCGGACUGCUUCUGAGCAUUCUGCAGACAGGAUAGAGCUGGCAGUAGCUGCAGGGAGAGUGAGAGCCAGCGUGCGGCUAGGAGACAGAGAAAAGAAUCUCUUGGCGGGAACAAAUGUUGCGGACGAGAAAUGGCACACGAUUAGGUUCUCGCGGCGCGCGUCCAAUCUGAAGCUGCAGGUAGACGCAGGGCAGGCAGUACGCGGUACGUUAUCUGAAACAAUUUUAGGAAAAGCGUCUACUUUGGAAAUCUCUACUUUACACUUGGGAGGACUAUUUCACCCGGAAGAGGAAAUCCAAAUGACGUCGACUUUGCCAAAUUUCGUUGGCUACAUUCAAAAAUUUAUAUUCAAUGGGAUAAAAUACAUAGAUCUUGCGAGAUCACUGGGUGUUGGUAACAUGGAAGACAGUAAUUCUAUUUAUGAUACUCCAAAUAUAAUAUUUACUGGAAAAUUUGUAAAGCCAGAUUCUCUGAACGUUUAUAAGGCUGUAACGUUUAAAUCUAAACAUACAUACGUUGGACUGCCGUUGUUAAAAGCAUACGCAAAUACAUAUCUAGAUUUUUAUUUCCGAACGACUGAAAUGGAUGGUCUAUUAUUUUAUAAUGGCGGUAAGAAACAAGAUUUUAUUGCUGUUGAAUUAGUCAACGGACAUAUACACUGCAUUUUUAAUCUUGGAGAUGGAGUAGUAACUAUGAAAGAUAAGCUGAAGAAUUUUUUGAAUGAUAAUAGAUGGCAUACUGUGUCUAUUAGACGACCAACUCCGAAAAUUCACACAGUGCAAGUAGAUGAUGAUUUGGAAAUGCAUACAACAAGUUCAAAUCUAAUGUUAGAAUUAGACAGUGUAUUAUAUGUGGGUGGUGUACCCAAAGACAUGUACACAACAUUGCCUGUAGGCGUCCAGUCCCGGCAAGGCUUCGAAGGUUGUAUGUCGAGUGUAGACUUGCCGGGUGAGUCGCCGUCUCUGAUUGAAGACGCUGUUGUUCCUAGUUCAUCUUUAGUCUCUGGUUGUGAAGGUCCAACGAAGUGUACUCAUAACGCGUGCGCUAAUAAGGGCGUGUGUGUGCAGCAAUGGAACACAUACGUGUGUGAUUGUGACCUCACCUCGUUCACCGGGCCUACCUGCUAUGACGAAUCGAUAGCCUACGAGUUCGGCCCUGGUAGAGGUAUAGUGACGUACACGUUUCCUCCGAGCGCCGUGGCGGACACAGAGGCGGACAAGGUGGCCGUGGGGUUCGUUACCAGCAAGGCUGAUGCCGUCAUCCUGAGGGUCGAGUCCUCAAACACGCAGGACUACAUGCAAAUGGAAAUCAUCCGAGGCAACCUUUUCAUGGUGUACAACGUGGGAGACGGUGACCAUCCUCUCGGAGACGAGGCGGCCAGGGUCGACGACGGCACCUACCACGUGGCCAGCUUCGUGCGGAACGGCAGCAGAGCGGCGCUGCAGCUCGACAACUAUGCUGUCAACAUCCGACAUCCUCAAGGUGGCCAGCAGUCCACAAUCUUCAACAGUCUGUCUCGUGUGACCGUGGGCGGCGGGCCCGGCGGCGCGCGCUCGUUCAGCGGUGUGGUAGCGGGGCUGGUGGCGGGAGGGGCGCGGGUGUUAGACCUGGCCGCGGGGGGCGACCCCGGAGUGGCCGUGCGGGGCGACGUGCGUCGGGCCGCCGGGCCACUCGACAGGGACAUCAACAGGAUGCAGCAGACGCCACCAUCUGGGUAUGGCGGUGCCGGAGUUCUUGAUGAGCUGGUCUACUCAGGGGCGGGGUCUGGGUGUCGCGAUGAUGACGAGGAUGCCUGCGUGUUACCUGACGCUGGCUCCGGUGAUGACCUCAUCACGCCCGUCUACGUGCCUUCCACGCGGCGCCCGCCCACGCAUCGGAAGGGAGAACCAAGUGGAAAGCUAAUGAAGCCAUGUGAUGACGAGGAUUGUAUCGAAGGUUCCGGUUCCAACGGAGAAGAUAUCACUGAACCGGACCACGGCGUCACAACCGCUGGUGUGAGUUCGACACAUAGCAUGACGUCACCAACUGUCGCGAUAUCGACGGAGCAUAUUGACAAGACUAUACAGGGCUCCACAGACGCUGCGACCGAUACGACCGGCGCUACCGGCUCUACUAAGAGCGACACCACACGUCCAGAUCAUGACAACAUGCAUGCAGCCACAGUUGGCACCGUGACCACACCGAAAGGUGGAACAACACCAGCGGAAGAGCACACGCACACAAGCAACCAGUUCACACCUACAGUGACACGCCAUACUGAGUCUACGCACACCACCGACUCAGAGCACAUUCCGGACUACGAGGACCAUCGACACGACGCUGAGACGCACUCGCCCUACGACGUGCACCGGGUGCCGUCUGUCGACCGCACGCCCGCCGGAUACCCGGACGACGGCGACCGGCUGCCGGGCUACCCGGGGUACAACGGACACGAUCCGGAGAUCACCACAAAGUGGUACCAUCCUAAAACUACAGACAAUAAAGUGGUCCCACAGCCGUCUGAAUUCCUUGCUACAUUGAUUGGUAUCGUCUGUUCAAUCCUGAUAAUUGUAAUCGUGGUCGUCAUCAUAGCGCUGAAGCUAGUGUUCAGGGUGGAUACAUCGUACAAGGUGACGGAGGACAAGAACUUCCAGCAGGGUGCGAACGCCGCGCUGCUUGCCAACCAGGCUCAUUCGAGCUACCAGACGGGCGCGAACAAUGGCGGUGCUGUGCGGAACCUGCAGCCCCUACCGCUCCGCAACGGAGCCGCACUCGCACCGCAGCCCGUCAAGCGAGACGGCAUCAAGGAGUGGUACGUGUGAACCACAUGUAUGAUCGGUGCCACAGAAAGAGACAGCUGUACCGAAGUGGUGCAACUCAAGCAUUGUGUCCACUACUGAGCUCCUAGUCCAGAUAAUAUUCGAUCGUCAUUAACGAUAUACCACAGGUCAAAAACAAACUAAACGAUUUGAUGGAAAAAUGUCUCAUCACGUCAAGUCACAUCUAUUGUAUUAUAAGUAUUUCAAUAUUAACGUUAAUAAUGUCAAAUUGUAUCUUGACUAGAUGCUCCGGUGUUUCAUUUUAACGCACAUUUUAAUUUAAAAGAGGGAAUCUCUUACCAACAAAUAAUUAAAGGAGGAUGUCGAGAAUGCAUGUAUUUUGGGACCCACUGAAAGAAGUGGCGUACAUCAUGGAAACUUAUUAAUAAUUGUAGAACGUAACAAAACUAAGAAAAAAGCAAAUCGUAAGUAGGUCUAAAAAAGUGGGAGAAAAAAGAUAUACCUAAAAGUAAAAUAUAACCUAAACUUAUUAUUCAAUAUCUAUUGAUCAAUUAAAAAUUUGUAUCUCAUGUCUAUGCCUAAUUACUGUCUGCUAAAAGAUAAUAUAAUAUAUAUGUGGAAGAUUGGCCAGCAACUAAUGAUUGAGGAUUCACAAUACAUUAUUUUUUCAAGCAAGUAUCGAAUCUUUGAAAGAUACUAGAUACUAAACCUACUGAUUUUAGUAUCAAAAAACGAUAAUAAUCUCAUCGAAUCUUAUUUUGAAUUACUGAUUUGAGUAGGUAUAGAUAGUAUGAUGGAGUCGGAACAUCCAUAUAUUGUCAAUUGCGCAAAGCGUUCCGUUAGUGCAAGAUGACUUAUUUCUUUAAUAAAUUAUAAUAUUUUAUUUCUUAUGACUCCCAUAUCUUAGCGCCUCAAUAUUUUUUGUAUAAACAUCGUAUAAACUUGAGUUUAUAGUUAAUAUAAACUUGUACUUGUACGAUACUUCCUUAAUUUUUCAAUUAUGUGGGUCCAUUCUCGACAUCCUACUUUACUUUGACAAGUUAAUUACAAUACUAUAUCCUCGUUUCAAACAUUAUAUCAUCUACAGCCGGUUUAUAAAGUAUGUUCAGUUUGUCUAAAAUAAAAUUGACCUGUUCUGAGUACUUUUGUUUCAACUAAAAUAUACCUAAUACUAAAACAUGUACAAUAUUCUUAUUUUCGAUUCUAAAAUACAAUUGAUAGAUCUCGAUACAUAACUAUCACCAGAUAAAAUUAAAUAACAAUAAUAUAAGACAAUUCAAAAUAAUAUUAGAUUCCUUAAAUAUAUCUUAAUGUGUCUGUUGGUUUUUAAAUGCGCGUCAUUGUGAAACACCGCUACAAUUAAAACGGACAUAUCAAGUCUUUAGUAAAAUUAUAUAAUAAAUAGUAAAUUAACCGUAGUCGCUUAUAGCUGGUGCGUUUUAUAGCGAUUGUGAGAUUUGUUCCAAGACGUACAGUUCAACAUUCGUGAUGAUAAACUAAACCAGAAAAAUACAUAAAAACCUGUACACUGGCCAGUCACAGAGUUAUUGCGUUUUUAUUUAAUAUUCUCGUUUAAAUUUUCAACAGGAUCACAAGAAAUUAGAUAAUAAAAUGGCGUUACAAUGGUUUUUAGAGAUGAUAAUAUUUAAAUAUUAUUAUGAAACAUUGGUAGUUAUCGAAGACAAAGAACUGUAUAUCUCUGAAACUAUAAUCGUGAGUGAAUGAAAUUUGUGUUGCUAAGUUUAAAAUAUUUAGUGCGAAUAUCGACUGAUUCCAGAGUGUUAGUGUAAAUAUUAUUGUUAGUGCAGUCACGUCUUGUGCGUGUGUGUGCGUAUAAAGCGAACAUUUCGUAAUGGAAUUGCUUCUAACUGAUGUUAUUAGGAGUUUUUAGACACAAUAUGUUUUGGUUAAAAAAUUGAAAGAUCUCCAUGAUAUUAUACAUUAAAUGAUAUCUUCAUUAUUUUAACAAACCUUGUCAUUGAUCUGGUUGUUACUUUUGUGAGACAAUUCCUAAAAAAAUAAUGUAUUAAUUCGAUACAUGCCUUAUAUAAUUACAUCAAAAUUUCUAAAAGCUAAUUUUUCGUUAAUUUGAAAUAUUUUUUUAUUUUGAGUAAACUGGAUAAUAAAAACUGAAUUAGUUACGCUUUUAAGAAUGCCAAUGCUAGCUUUUAUACCCUUUGAAUUGUUAUCAAUAAUUAUUAAGAUACUAUCGCUAAUGUUACUCGUAGGGCUGCCAACACUGAAAAUAAAGCAUAUCGUUAAAUUGAAGACUACGGUAAUUUUUACAAAUUUCUCUUUCCUAUAUUUAUUAGAUCUUAUACAAAUAUUUUUACCAAAUAAAGAAGGUUAGGAUAAAGCUGCUCUAUCAAAGGGUUUUGAAAAUAACGUUUGUAUGUUAUUUAUGGACUUGAAGUAUGAGCUUUCAUAGAUUGUGACUCUGUAAUGUCAGAGAUUUAUUCAAUGCGUUUGAUAAUAUUUAUUUAUCUAGCAAAACUGUUGAGAGGCUCUUUAACCUACAUAGCUCAUGUUGUUAAAAUACCAUGAUUGUAGUUUAUAACUCAUCAUCAGAAGCACAGUAAUAUCAUAUUAUAUUCAUAGAUUUAAAUACAUAAUUGUUGGCAUGUCACUAGGUCAAAUUUAAGUUACUUUUACCGUACCGUUAAGCCUUUACCUAUUCAAAGCGUUUUUAUAAAAUGUUCAAGUUCAAAGACCUUUAAAAUAAAAGUUUUCGGUGUUUUAAUAAAUAAAACAUACAAGCCUUAAUGUUUUAUGCCCUCUCAAUACUUAAAGAUCUUUUUCAAUUAAAUUUUCCUCCUAAUAAGUAUCAAAUAAUCUAUUAUAAUGUUACAUCCACCGUCCCGAUUUCCUCUUUCCAAAUAGAUCCUUCAAUUUAGCUUUAAUGGAAAGUAAUAUAUAGAUUGUUAUAUUGCACAGGAUAUAAGUUUGAUUGUAAAUAGUUAUAAUAAUGUAAUUAAUUUAAACGUAAUUGUAAUGCCACACUCGUUUUACGGCACAAAAUGUUAGUAAAAUUUGUUUGUCAAUUUUUAGUCAAUAGUGUUUCAGCAAUUUAUAUCAAAUUUUUUUACAAAUGAAUUAUGUAUAAUUGAAGCUUUACGAUAGUAUGUGUAAAAUAAAUCUCAUUUUUAUUAAAAAUAUGCAAUUGUACAGUUUAUAGACGACUCCGGUCGGACCAAGUUUUGUUUUAUGUAAUCAGUUUAAUAAAUAAUAUAAAGUAAUUUACAUGAGAA